UAAAGUGAGUCUCUGAGAAAUGGUACAAAUGUAAUCAUGUCCUAUUUUUCAAUUGAAUGUAAUACUUUGCGGUCCAUUUUUAUGCUUUUGAUUCAAAUCACUUGAUCAUACAUUUACCAAUGUGUGAAUGAAGUUGGGUUUAUGAAAGUUUUUCUCUAUGCAAAGUAGUCAUAUUUUCUUGUCACUUGAUGUUUUGUCUUCACUGAGUUUUGUGGCCAGUACACAGUUUGUUAUAUUUUCCUGAAUAAACUCAGUGAUGAUGAAAUGGCUGCUGCCAAAUGAAAGCUAUAGGAAGGAUCUUUAUAUUAUUUCAAGGAACAGGAGCAGUUUUGAUAGCUGAGGGACUACAUUGAAAUUUAAAUGUGAGCUCAGUCUUUAUGAUGUGUAAAAUAGCUGUCAGACAGUCAUCAGUAAUGGUAGUGAUUAGCUUAUUACAAAUAAUGAUACUAAUUAAAUAGCAGUAUCUCUUUCUGGUAAUUGGCUUGUAUGGUACUCAGCAUCAUGCCCUUGCUAUGCAUAACUUUUUUGAGUCAGUCUAGCUUACACACUAGAAAAGAGCAGCUUUUAUUAAGGCAGAGGGUCACCAGUGAGGUAAAUCUUGCCUGUUUUGAAAAUUAAUAUCACUAUUUGAUCAGUAUAUGGAUUAUUUUGCAGUCAUCUCUUUGAAGUUGUUUGUACUUUUUAACAGUGAUUUAAUUAUUAUUAUGGUAUUCUUUCAGGCACAGUAUCAAAUAUUACUGAUAUCAGUAUGCCUAGUUCCAAAUGUGGUCAGGCAGCUACUCAUUACCUUCCUCAAGGAGUAGGUUUGUCAUUUUUCUGCCGUCCUAGUUUGAAAGGAAGAUAUGUGACCAUCAGGGAUGUUAGGGGAUUUCCUUAUCCUGCAGGAUUCGUUGUUUGUGAACUUGAAGUGUAUUCAGAACAAAGAGGUAUGGCAUAUCUGGAUAUUUUCAUUAUUUACUACUAGCUAUUAGCUGCUACUUUAUUCUGCUGGGGUUCCAAUCAGCAUUCUCAGGAAAAUUUGCCAUUUAAUUUCUGUAUGUAAACAUGUAGGUACUUCAGUAUUGUUAAGUGAAUGUAAAGUUGUGUGUAGCAGAUAGGUAUGAUAGUUUGGUAUAAAAGUUGAUAUGCAUACAUGUACGUGUAUAAAUGUAUGUUGUGACCUAUUUAAACAAAAAUGUUACAGAUUAAAAAUAUGGCCCUUCAUGAAACUUCUAUUGUUAACCUGUAAAUCAAUAGUAAAGAAUCAUGGAGCGAUUGUGUAGUUAGCUGAUGGUGUAAAUAGACCACAUGAUAUAAAUAUUUCAGUAGUUAAGUGUGAUCUAUGUUCAUGAAUUGGCAAUUUGUAAAAAUCCUGUAGUAUAGUGUGUUAUUCUGGCAGCUAGAAAUUCCUGGUGGCUUUUUUUCUUCAGUUAGAGGCCAAAAGGUGACAAAGUUAAUUAAUUUUUUUAAUUUUUCAAGCCUUGAGUUUUCACUCAAGAAGAACUUACAGUUCUUUACACAAACUACCUCAAAUCACUAGUAAAAUCACUUGAGGUGUGUUUACAUGGUGCAGCACUCUUGUGAUUGUUACUGUACAUGUAUGAUAUACCAGUACUGAUUCUCUGGGUUGAAGCCAUAGUUUAUGGUAAUUAUGAUUGUCUUUUAACAGCAUGUCAUAGUCAGGCAAUUGGUGUGACCAGCAGUGAUGCAAUUCCAGAUGGCAGCUUCUCAGCCUCAUCAAAAGCUAAUAAUGACCGUGGACCUUCAGCUGGUCGUCUGAAUGGACAUAACCGGGGUUGGGCACCAAAAACCAAUACUAAUCACACUGACUACCUACAAAUUGACCUGCAGUAUGAUUAUGUUAUCUGUGCUGUAGCCACUCAAGGAUCUGUCAAUAAUGAUCAGUGGACAACAAAGUACAAGAUUAAAUUAUCAUUGGGUGUCACCUUUAACACAUAUAAAGAAAACAACACUGAGAAGGUCAGUUUGAUAUUAAUGAAGCAUCAUGCUAAACUUGAUUGAAUUUUUUCUCAUUUUUUGAUAUUUUGUUCAUGUAGUUUCAUAAAAAUAUACUUAACAGGUAAUUUAGUGUUAGUAACUGGGUUUAAAACAUAAAUUGGCCACCAUAGAGGGUUAAAAGGCAAUUUUAUGUUUUCAACUUAGUUGUUAACACUAAAUUACCUGCUAUACUCUCCCACGGACGCAGUACCACAGUUUCUUUAGAAACUUACCCCCUGCAAAAAUACACUCUGUCAAGCCUAAUUUUAUAGGAAGAAGAAUUAUAGACAGUUAUGGGAGAGCAUUUUGGUAUGUGUAAAUUUGAAUCAGUUUUAUGACCAGGUCAAGUAUAGGUGGAAAUGAGUGAAAAAUCUGACAUGAGCUUCAUAGGUCAUGUCUUUCAGGCUUUGAAAUGCCUAUUUCUUAAGGCAUAAUGUAGUCCAGUGUAUGAUAACCCACUAAUAUGGAAUGUUGGUGUGGCUUGCAGCUCUGAUUUGAAGUGACUCAUUUUGCUUGAUCAAAUGAUUUGAAACUAUUUUUGUUAGAAUUAGAGCUGUAGAUUAUCCUCUUUCAUCACUUUUUAUGGUGAUGGUGUUUGCUACAUUUUUAUUGGUUGGUUGUAGGCUUAUUGAUAAUUCAAAGCCAAGGAAAACUGCUGUCACUUGUGCACGGAAAGUUGAAAUUUUCUUUUGAAGUGAAUAAACAUGUUAGUGUCUAUAACUGUUCACUUUCAUUGAUAUCUUAAUAUUUUAGGUCUUUAAUGGAAACUCUGGGAGAUAUGACAUAGUAAAACAUGGUCUGAGGGAAUAUGCUUUGGCAAGGUUCAUCCGUUUUGUGCCAACAGAUUAUCAUGGUCAUAAGACAUUGAGAGUGGAAGUUUAUGGAGUUCUCCUAUCUGCAGGUACCAAUUCCAUUUUCUCUGUACCAUAUCAUUGAAAUCCUACAAGUGUUGCAAAAAAGUGGAAGGGAAUAUCAUGAGUCACUUUACUUAAAAUGCUACAUAAAAUCUCAUAGUCUGUAUACUGAUACCAUGCUGUAGAAAAUAUAGCCAAUCAGAAUUCAGGAAUUCAUUGUAUAUUUGAUGGUAUUGCACCCACUCACGUUCAGGUAAUGACAUUAAAUACAAGUGACUUGUGGGAUAUUCAAUGAUAUACUACUCAGCAUUACCAAUACUGAUACCAUGCCGCAGAAAAUAUAGCCAAUCAGAAGGAAUUCAUUGUAUAUUUGAUAGUAUUGUGCCCACUCCUCUUAUUGUGUACUGUGAUCUUAUUCCUGCCAAAAUCGAGCAUGCAAUGCCGCUUCUAGUGUAUUUUAAGUGCUGUUUGAGCCAUGUCAGAACCAAAUUCUUCCCUCAACAUUUAUGUUCAGCUAAUGACAGACUAUGAGUGACUUAUGGGAUAAAUUAUUUCGUGAUAUAGUUCAUAUAUUUUCAUGGUAUACAUUACAUAACUGGUAUAUAUUUGAGUGAUAUAUGUAUAUGUUCAGUGUAUAUAAUCACAUUUGUAAAUUAUCCCCUACAGAAAUCAGAUUACCACUUAGUCACUCCCUAAAUGGCACUCACUUAAUCCAUUGAGGAUGAAUGAAGUCACUUAGGUUCAAUUGAUGUCAGACUUGAAAGAGCUUGAAAUUCUCACUCGAAAAGUUUUAGGGAGGACACAAGCACUGUGAUAGUACGAAAAUAAUGCUUCAUCAACAUUAACAACUUUCAUCUGUGUUGACUGAUUCAGCUCCUUUAUAGGCACAUGACCAUUGUGAAAAUAUAAUUAAAAUACCUUAUAAUCAUUUUUAUUCAACAUUCCAGUUCCAUCACAAGCUCCAGGCAACUUCACUGUGACUGCAAUCUUAUCUACUAGUAUAAAAGUAUCAUGGGCAUCACUGCCAGAAUAUGCCAGACAUGGAGAUAUAACAGGUUAUAAGUUGUUUUACAGACAGAAGGGCUCAGUGGACAAUUUAGUCAUGGAGUCUGUUACUGGAGCAGAAACAUUAACUAAAGAUUUCACUAAUCUGAACAAGUACACCAAAUAUGAAUUUCAAAUGUUGGCUGUUGGAUCUCGUGGUGAGGGACCAAAAAGUUCUGUAAAGGUUGAGCAGACUUUGGAAGAUGGUAAGAGACUAAAAUUGAACAGUGUAGGUUAUAAGAAAUAUUUUACUCAAAAACAUAAUUAUAGCUUAUUUGAAUAAGAUUGGAACAUAAUAGUAUAUCUUGGCAGGUUUAGAGUAAUGAUAUGAUGCAGGAUAUAAUAUGAGAGUUAAGUUAUUAUUAUCAUUUUUAUUAUAUUAUUAUUAUUAUUAUUAUUAUUGUUAGCAUUAGUAAUAGUAGUAUAAUGAGUUAACUUCCUUCAGCACUUUCAGUGAACAAGUUAAAGUGGAUUAUCUAAUUUCUUCAUUUUUUCUGCCAAAGAUCAAUUUUAUUUCAGUCUAGCUUAAAUAAUGACCUUCAUCUUCCAUUUCUUUGCUACUCUAGCACCAACCAUUCCUUCAAACCUUUCGCAGGCUGAGAUAAUGCCAGAUAAACAAGUUGGUCCCAAGAUAAAGCUCACUUGGUAUAAGCCUGCAGAAGAAAAUGGGAUUAUUAGGAGUUACACUGUGUUUUAUAGUCACAAUGAAGAUCCUCAUAAUAUUCACAAUAAAACAUUAAAACAAAACGUGUUCAGUUACACAGUAGAUGUGUUAGGUGGGGCCAUCUAUCAGUUCCAUGUCAGAGCUGCUACGAUCAAACCUGGACCAAAUGCAACCUUGUCUGUUGCUGUUAAUGAUUAUGGUAGGUGUAAAUCAUAAAACAUUAUGAUCAAUAGGCUAGUUUUGAUAUACUAAAAUUCUAACAUGGCUGCAAGGCUAGGGGGAAUAAAACAAAAGAAACUAAUUAUUUGUCCCUUAACCUCCAUGUGAUUUCCUUUGUUUUAUUCCCCUAACCCUUGGCACAAAGUUUGAAUUUUAAUACAUUAAUGCUAUUUGAUAAGUGUAGACAGUAAAUGAUAUCAAGGUAGACAAGUUGAGAACAGCUGCAUUAUAGGAGUGGUACAGGAAGGACUCUCCUUAUCAACUCCAAGUGCUUUCCAAUGGAGUUUUGAAGGACUGGUGAACAUGAUUAGUCAACAUCAAUGACUACAUACCUAAAAAAAAAUAAAAAUUUGAUGAAGGGGGAAGGAGAGAAGAAUUACUGAAAUACAAUUUAGAUAUACUUUGAGGAUAAAUUUUUGAUCAAAUGUGAUUCAGAAAUAAUUAUUUAUUAAAUUUUUUUCGUUCAAUGACAGACAGCUGACCAUUUAUCUGAAUUGGUAUAUUUUUUUAUUCCCUUUUGUCAGAACCCAGUGUAGCACCAAAUGAUGUGUCUUUCAGUAGACUGAACCAAACAACCUUCAAUAUUUCAUGGUCACCCCUGACAAGAAAAGAGAGUUAUAGCAAAGUUAUCUCAUAUGAGGUCAAGAUAUCAUUGGUGUUGUCUGGAAGUCGACAAAAGAGAUCUCCAGCCAACAGCAAAACUGUUAACACAACAAAAAGCAUUUGUUAUCCUGUAUGA